AUGUAAGAUACCAGUUCUGGAGAAUGACACUUGGGAGAUUCAGGGUGACUGGCACCAGGACCUUGUCAACACGUAUAUACCACCGUCACUAGACUAUGAUUAUAAUAGGUGUAACGUGUAUAAAAACGGUCUAAAUACAAGCCAAGUUAAAUGUACAGAAUGGGUGUACAGUAAAGAAGUGUUUGAAGAAUCAUUCACAUCAGAGCAAAAUUUUGUAUGUGAUGAUGCUUUGAAAACAUCUCAUCUACAGUUAGUGUAUUACUUUGGUGUGCUAGUUGGUGACCUUGGAUUCGGACUACUUUCUGAUGUGAUAGGCAGAAAAAAGUCAUUCUAUCUUGCAUGUAUUCUACAAGUGGCAAGUGCUAUGGGUGUAGCCUGGGCACCAAAUUUCUGGGUGUAUCUGGUAUUAGAGUUUCUGGUUGGUGCAGCCUGUCAUGGGGUCUUCAUGAGUAGCUGUGUUCUUGGACUGGAAGUAGUAGGGCCAACAAAACGUGUAUGGGCUGGUGUUGUGAUUCAUGGAUUCUUCACUAUUGGGCUGUGUUACCUCUCUGGUGUAGCCUGGCUGCUCAAACAUUGGUCCUACAUCCAGAUAGCUGUAGCUGCACCUUGUGCCUUAUACCUCUCAUAUUGGUGGUUGAUUCCUGAAUCUCCAAGAUGGCUGAUAAGUAUGGGAAAAUAUGAUGAGGCAGAGAAAAUCAUCAGACGUAUGGCCAAAGCUAACAAAGCUAAAGUACCGGACAAAAUGUUCACAGCUGAUACAGUGGAGAAAAAGAAAGGGGGAAAACUCUGGGAACUCUUCACUAAUAAAGUCCUUUUAAUAAGGACUUUGAUUAUUUUCUUUAAUUGGAUAAUUGUAAGCAUGUGUUACUAUGGUGUUACAAUGUACGCUGGAACAAUCGGAGGAAAUUUCUAUCUCAAUUUCUUUCUACUGGCAAUCGUCGAGUUUCCAUCAUUUAUCAACAUACCAAUGUUAGAUUGUAUAGGUCGUAAAUGGACCCACAUUUUCUUUAUGUGGAUUGGAGGAUUUGCCUGCAUAGGAACUAUAUUUACUGUAGUGUAUGGAGGAGAAGAAUAUCAUACUGCCACCCUGGUUCUAUCACUGAUUGGCAAGCUGGGACCUACUGGAGCAUUUGCUGUGAUAUAUGUAUUCUCAUUGGAACUAUAUCCAACUCUACUCAGGAAUGCUGGUAUGGGGGCAAGCUCAUGUGUGGCAAGGUUUGGAGGAAUGGUUGCACCUUACGUUGCUAAAAUGGGUGAAUUGAUUGGAGGAGAUUUUGGUAAAGCAUUGCCGCUGGCUAUAUUUGGUAUCACAUCUGUUAUAGCCGGCUUACUUUGUCUGUUUUUACCGGAGACACUAAACCAGAAAUUACCAGAUACUGUUGAAGAGGCAGCCAAAUUUAAAGGGCAUCAAAGAAGAAAAGAAAGAGAGGUGUAUAUUCCAGAAUCAAAUGAAGAACCAACCCAGACAAAGUUUUAACAAAUUAUCCACACAAGCCAUACAGUCAUAUCGUGACAUACAUAUCUAUUUAUAUUAAACUAUAUUUGGAACUAAACAUAUUCUGAUAUUUUUUCUCUUUUUGAAAAUGAAAGAGGUAUACAAACAAGUUCAGCUUCCAGCAAAACUUCAUUCAGAUGUUUUUAUACUAGUGAACAAUUACAGAAAUAAUAAAAGUAUGGUUUAUGAAAUACUUUAUCAAUAAAAGAAGUGGACCUUAAGCAAGGUAGAAGUGAAAUUUUUUCAAGCCAUAAAAAGAGUCUGCCUUUUAUUUAUGCAAGGUUGGGAGGAAAU